AUGACGACAGAACAGCUUCAACAGCACUCUCUUUGGUGGAGGGGACCACCGCGGCUUACGCAACCUCAGAACACGUGGCCCAAGCAGACCAGUGUCGACGAAGACGAGUUGGGCGCCCCUGAAGCUCGUGCUGUCGUCUCACUCCACACGGCAAACGCAGUAAAGGAAUAUUCAUGGGAAUUAAUCUAUAAAUAUUCUUGUGUUAACAGAUUACUCAGAAUCACCGUUCUUUGCCUCAAAUUGGUGGACAAGCUGUCCAAACGACAGGACGCUUGGCCCACGCAUUUCAUCUCAGCAGCUGAUAUGGAAAGGGGCAGAAUCUAUAGGAUUCAGGCCACGCAGGCUACAUUCUUUAAAGAUGAACUCGCUGCACUCGCCAAUGGAACAACGCUUCAUUCGACGCAUCCAUUUACGAGGCUCACCGCUUACCUUGACCAUCAAGGGAUCGCCAGAGUAGGCGGGCGCGUCCAACACUCGGAGCUUUCACACGACGGCAAACGCCCUAUCAUCUUGCCUCGUGAUUCAAGAUUCUCAGCGCUUCUCAUCGACCACGCACAUCGUCAGACCAUACAUGGAGGUACGCAAUCCACCCUCGGUUUUCUCAGACAACGCUACUGGAUUCUCGGUGGACGAGCUCCAGUGAAAACGCAUUUCCUGGGGUGCGUGAAGUGCGCUCGGCAGAGGGGGAUCCGUGCUCAUCAACUGAUGGGCCAACUACAUCUUAGUGGGGUCACUCCAUCGUGCCCGUUCACACACACUGGUGUGGACUACGCAGGACCGCUCAAGCUGAAGACUUGGAAAGGCAGAGGAGCCGAGGCGCAGAAAGGGUGGAUUUGUGUAUUCGUCUGCUUCGCAACAUCAGCUGUACACUUGGAAGUUGUCACCGACUACUCAGCCGACGCGUUCAUCGCAGCCUAUCGCAGAUUCGCAGCAAGGAGAGGAGCUGCAGCCUCUCUCUACUCAGAUUGCGGCACCAACUUCCAAGGAGCGGACGCGCAGUUAAAAAAGCAGUUCAAGGACAGCACAUGCGAAAACCAAGACAUCGCAGCUCUACUAGCCAAGGAUGGUACGCAGUGGCACUUCAACCUUCCUGACGCUCCACACAUGGGUGGAAAAUGGGAGGCAGUGGUCAAGUCUCUCAAAUUCCAUUUGAAGAGGACUAUUGGAAAUGCUUUAUUGACGUUCGAGGAAUCAAUAACAUUGCUCGCGCAGAUUGAAGCCAUCCUCAAUUCAAGACCGUUGGAACCACUCAGCGAUGAUCCAGACGACGUCUCAGCCCUCUCACCAGGACACUUCCUGAUCGGAUCGCCGCUCAACGCAGUGCCAGAGCCCACGCUUCUCGACAUCUCAGUCAACAGAUUGUCAAGGUGGCAAUUUCUACAGCCGCGGCCCCAACAAUUUUGGAGACUCUGGUCAACGCAGUACUUGUAG